AUGGCCAAAAAAUAUCUUUCUAGAAACAAUUGGAGGUUAAACUAUGCAUUGAAUGAGUACUAUGAUAAAGAGAUCGGCAGUUUCAUUGGCGAUGAUGAUGAUGAUGAUGGAUGUAAAACGAUUUUACCCGAUUUAAAUAAGUACCCUCAAGAGUUGAUAGCCUUGUUUAAGAAAUAUUCCUCUAAGAAUAAUGAUUCAUUAUAUGAAUUCAUUGAUGUCGAUGGUUUAAUUAAUUAUAUUAAUGAUUUAAAAUACAACUUAGAAGACUUAGUGACCAUUUGUUUGGCAAAAUUAUUGCAUUGUGAAAAUUUGAAAGAUGGGAUUAAUAAGCAACAAUUCUUGUCUAACUGGUAUUUACAAGGUUGCUCUACAUUGGAACAAAUGCAACAUGUGUUGAAUGAUUUGGAUGUGAAAUUACAUCAGGAUGCUAGUUACUUUACUCAGAUUUAUAACUACACCUUUGAUCUAAUUAUUGAUGUUGAUGAUGGCGAUAGUACGAGGAAUAAUACCAAUAUCGGGGAUGACACUACCAAUAGCAACGAUACAUCAAUAGUGAUAGUACCGAGGAUGAAAGAUAACAAUUUAGAUGUAGAGACAGCGAUUGCAUAUUGGAAAGUAUUCUUCAAUGUUAAUGAACAAUAUCCGGUUAAAGUUAAUAAAGAGUUAUUAAGCCUAUGGUUCCAAUUUCUUAAUGAAGAACGUAAGAAAGAGAUAACAAAGGACCAAUGGCAAAUGUUAUUAGAAUUUUUCAAGAAAUUUUCUAAUUUAGAAAUGAUGAAACAAAAUUAUGAUGAAACGGCAGCAUGGCCUUAUAUGAUUGAUGAAUUUUAUGAGUAUUUACAAGACACAGGACGUAUUUAA